AUGGCGGGGGAGAUGGCCGCGAGGUCGGCGAGCCGCGUGCUGCUGCUGCUGCUGCUGGCGCUGGCGCUGGUGGCGGCGUGCCAUGGAGUGGGAGCCGCGGCCGCGGGGGCGUCGCCGCGCCGGCCCAACUGGCUGGGCGGCCUGAGCCGGGCGUCCUUCCCCAAGGGCUUCGUCUUCGGGACGGCCACGUCGGCGUACCAGGUGGAGGGCAUGGCCGCCGGCGGCGGCCGCGGGCCUUCCAUCUGGGACGCGUUCGCCCACGUCCCAGGCAACAUUGCGGGCAAUCAAAAUGCAGACGUUACUACGGAUCAGUACCAUCGCUACAAGGAAGAUGUUAAUCUCAUGAAAGGAUUAAACUUCGAUGCCUACCGGUUUUCUAUCUCAUGGUCCAGAAUCUUCCCAGAUGGUGACGGAAAAGUUAACCAAGAAGGCGUCGCGUAUUACAAUAAUCUGAUAAACUACCUUCUUCAGAAAGGCAUUACUCCUUAUAUCAAUCUUUACCACUACGAUCUCCCUCUUGCACUUGAGAAGAAGUAUGGAGGCUGGUUAAAUGCUAAGACAGUGGGACUAUUUGCAGACUACGCUGACUUUUGUUUUAAGACCUUCGGCGAUCGUGUAAAGCACUGGUUUACAUUCAACGAACCAAGGAUUGUUGCGCUUCUUGGUUACGAUGUAGGGUCGAAUCCUCCUCAGAGGUGCAGCAAAUGCGCUGCCGGUGGCAACUCAGCAACAGAGCCUUACAUCGUUGCUCACAAUUUUCUCUUAGCACAUGGUUAUGCAGUUGCAAGAUACCGGACUAAGUAUCAGGCAGCUCAGAAGGGGAAGGUUGGAAUAGUUCUGGACUUCAACUGGUACGAGGCUCUUACCAACUCAACUGAAGACCAAGCAGCGGCUCAAAGAGCCAGGGACUUCCAUGUUGGCUGGUUUGUCGACCCGCUGAUAAACGGGCAUUACCCGCAGAUAAUGCAAGACCUUGUGAAAGAGAGGUUGCCCAGGUUCACUCCGGAUGAAGCUAAAUUGGUCAAGGGCUCAGCAGACUACAUUGGGAUCAACCAGUACACGGCUAGCCUGAUGAAGGGCCAGAAAUUGACGCAGCAGACGCCGACCAGCUACUCAGCCGAUUGGCAGGUUACCUAUGCCUUUGAGAGAAAUGGCAAACCGAUUGGACCAAAGGCGAAUUCUAACUGGCUUUACAUCGUGCCGUCGGGGAUGUACGGGUGCGUGCACUACCUCAGCCAGAAGUAUGGAAACCCAGCUAUUGUCAUAACCGAAAACGGAAUGGAUCAGCCGGGGGGCCUCACCCGCGACCAGUACUUGCGGGACGCGACGAGGGUCCGGUACUACCGGAGCUACCUCGGCGAGCUGAAGAAGGCCAUCGACGGCGGCGCCAACGUCCUCGGCUACUUCGCGUGGUCUCUCCUCGACAACUUCGAGUGGAUCUCCGGCUACUCCUCCAAGUUCGGCAUCGUCUACGUCGACUUCAACAGCCCCAACCUGUACCGGCACCCCAAGGCGUCGGCCUACUGGUUCAGAGACCUUCUGCAACACUGA